UGUAAAGCUUCGCCGCGUGUGUGACUUGAGUAGAUGAAGGAUGAGCUUCUCACACAGGCGCGUUGUCCACCGCGCUGAUGCUCCCUCGUCUCAUCCUAAACUCUUGUGCACCCUCUGGUGCUUGCUAGGCUCCCAAACUUCUUUGUGUGUAGCCUGCUUUGCAGAUUGUCUUCCUUGUCUGUGUGGUUGCUCAUUAUUCAGAGACAGACGGAUCUCAGGUCAUCUGCAGCUGCAGCAAAGGAGAAGCAGGAAAGAUGGCGAUCAUCCAUUAGAGCGACCGAGCGCACGCAUGAAAUACGAGGACAACUUCUGGGAGGAUUUCUUCAGAAGAAGAUUGCACCAGUUUCCCUGAUUUUCCAGGGAGUGCGCCCCCCUCCUAAAGAUGGAGGUACUGCAGUGUGAUAGCUGUGACUUCCGUGCCGAGUCAUAUGACGAGCUCAAAUCCCACAUUCAGGAAGUGCACACAGCUUUUCUGCAGCCGGCUGAUGCUGACGAGUCGGACUCUGUGAAGGAGGAGGAGGAGGAAGAGGAGGAAGAGGAACAUGAGGAUAAGGAGGACACAGAUUAUGCCCCUCCUAAAUCUGGACCCAGCCCGACCGCAGAUGUUUCCAACCACGUACCACCAAAGCAGACCGCUGAAUCCCUGCUGCCAUUUUUCCAGUGCAAGUUCUGUGUCCGUUAUUUCCGGUCCAAGUCCUUCCUGAAAAAUCACACCAAAAAAGUGCACAAUGUGAUAGAGGACGAUUCUGAUGACUCCAGUGUAUCAUCUGAGGCAUCAAACCAACCCAGCAGCAAGCUAAUGCACAACGACCAUUCAAAAGUGUAUUCUUGCCAGUAUUGCUCAUAUAAGACUCCACGCAAAGCAAGGCUGCUAAAACACCAAAUGAUGUAUCACAACAAAGAAGCCAACUCUUCAGAACAUGUUGAACCCAGUGAGGAGUCUAAUCUAUCUGCAAAAAGCAUGUUUGCAUGUGAAUGGUGCACUUUUCAGACUGAUCAGAAAGACAGCUGGACUAAUCAUGUGGCGAAGGAACACAGUGACAAGGUCAAGAUGGUCGCAGAUCUGGAGGAUGAAGAGAGAGAUGUCUCACCAAGGCAACACGUCCCCUCCUCUGGCAAUAGCCCAAACAUGAGUUCCCCGGAGGAGAGUCUUGGACAAACAUCAGAAAAAAAUCUGGAGAAGCCUGUUGCAGAGAUUUCCUCCCUUCAAUAUGCUCAAAUCAGUGCUGCCACACCAAAUAGCACUGGUUCUUCAAUUGUGUCAAAGAAUUUCACAUCAGCAGACAUGUCCAAAAACCUGUCUGAAAUGGACAAUGAGGAAGAGUCUUGUAGCAGCUUAGAGGAUGAUGAAGAUGAUGAUGAGGAGCUGGGUGACACAGAUGACCCGAGUUAUACAGGAACACUGUCUGCAGACAUGAAGCUGUUGCUAUCUGCGGAGGACAGUAAACUAAUGGAGACUAAAGGAGUACCAUUCAGAAAGUACAUGAACAGGUUUCAGUGUCCAUUUUGCUCUUUCCUCACCAUGCACCGGAGGAGCAUAUCACGUCAUAUUGAAAAUAUUCACCUGUCAGGUAAAGCAACAGUGUACAAAUGUGACGAAUGUCCUUUUAUUUCUACUAGUCCAUUAAAGUUGGGCACCCACAAACAGACACACAUGUCUUCACAGUGCGAGACUUUAGAUUUAACUGGAGAAAGUCCAGAACAUGCAAACGACAGUCCCACAGAGCCAGUGAAUGGAAAUAAUUUAAGUAUGAAAGUAAAUGGCAAACAGUUAACCAGCACGCCCAACAACCAGCAGAACCCGUAUCGCUGCACAUUGUGCAGCUUCUCAACUACAACUCUGAAGGGCCUCAGGGUUCACCAGCAGCAUAAGCAUUCAUUCUGUGAUGAUUUAGAUCCUUCUGUCUUCGAUGGUCAGCUCAGUGACCAGCCUGAAGAUUCAAACACUUCCCCAAUGUUGCUACAAAAGGCUCAGACCUCAAUUUUAGGACUUGCAACUAAAAAGCCCUUGGUAACAGGGAAAAGAGCCAGAAAGUCCAUUAACGACUUGCCUUUGGAUUUGUCCUCUGUUAAGAAAAGAACUAGAAUUGAUGAAAUUGCCAGCAACCUUCAGAGUAAGAUAAGCCAAAGCCAGCAAGACUUAGUCAUAAAUCUGGAUGACUUGGAUGAUGAAGACAUGGGGGGAAAUCACAGUAACAUUGAUAUAGAGGGAAGGAAUCACGAUGGUCAAAAUGCUGUUUUUGCCUAUAAUGCACAGCUGCAAGAACAGGAUUCAGUACUCGCUCAUGAGAGCGGACGGCUGGGAAAGAGGAAGAGCAACCCUAAAUCCAAGCACCGGAGCAUUCCUAUCUCACUGACACUGUCUGAUGAUAGUGAAAACACUUCUGUAAAUGCUGGUGACACUAUUCAAGACAACAGUGACUUUACAGAUGAGUCUGGAAAUGCACGUUUCUACUGUAAACACUGUGACUACCACAAUAAAUCUGCACGUAGUGUCAGCACCCACUACCAGAGAAUGCACCCUUACAUUAAGUUUAGCUUUAAGUAUAUUCUAGAUCCAGAGGAUCAAAGUGCAGUUUUCCGUUGUUUAGAAUGUUAUAUUGAGUAUACAAAUUAUAAUGAUUUGCACCAACAUUAUAUGGAUCACCACCCUGAAGCCAGUAAUGUCCUCAACUUUAACCAACCCAAUCUAGUAUACAUGUGUCGCUUCUGUUCUUACACAAGCCCAAAUGUCCGCAGUCUCAUGCCCCAUUACCAAAGAAUGCACCCAACUGUCAAGAUCAAUAAUGCUAUGAUUUUUUCCAGCUAUUAUGUGGAGCAACCUCACAAACCAGGUGAAUCACAAACCCUUAGGGAGAUAUUAAACUCUGGGCCCAAGAGUUUGAAUUCAGCCACCUCGAGUGUGAGGUCUAGCUCAAGUCCACUGGCCAAAAGUGGCUCCAAAUCUCCAGACACCUGCACUGAAAUAGAGGCCAUUACAGAAGUUGGUAAUGGUAGUGUUGUUGUAUAUGACUGCGACAUAUGUUCUUUUGCCAGCCCCAACAUGCAUUCUGUUUUGGUUCAUUACCAAAAGAAGCAUCCAGAACAAAAAGCAUCUUAUUUCCGUAUCCAAAAGAAUAUGAAAGUCAUUUCAGUAGAUCAGUCUCAUCCCACUGUCAACUCCUUGAAUGCAAGUGUAGCUUCACCUUCAAAACCAUCUGUGAGUGCGAUCGCUUCGUAUGGUUCUGAUGAAGACAUGUUCUACUGUAAACAUUGUGUCUAUAGCAAUAGGUCUGUAGUGGGGGUUUUAGUCCAUUAUCAAAAGAGACACCCAGAGGUUAAAGUGACAGCUAAAUACAUUAAAAAUGGCCCCCCAACUCAGGGUCUGAUGAAGUUAAUGGACGAAUUACAAAUUGCAGCUCCUAAACAGUUCUUAAAGCAAAUUCAAAAUAGCCGACAGGACGAGUCAAACCCUAAUGCAGGAAGCGGUGAUAAAGAUGAGCUGUUCUUUUGUCAGCAUUGUGAUUAUGGUAACCGCUCUGUGAAAGGAGUGCUCAUUCACUACCAGAAAAAACACAAGGAGACCAAGGCUAGUGCAGACCUUGUGCGUCGCCACACUGCAGUGGUCCGGAGUCAGCGUGAGCGUGCUCAGAUGGUCCAGUCCAGCAGUGUGUCCUCUGUGGUCACUCCAGCCCCGCCUGACCCUGACACCGGCAUGCCUCUGCGCUCCCUAAAGUGUAGACACUGCCUCUAUACGUCACCUUAUGUUUAUGCUCUCAAGAAGCAUUUGAAGAAGGAACAUCCCACUGUGAAAGCCACAGCUAUGACUAUUUUACACUGGGCCUACCAAGACGGCAUCUUGGAGGCGGGUUACCACUGCGAGUGGUGCAUCUACUCGCACGCGGAACCUCAAGGGCUGCUGGUCCACUACCAAAAACGCCAUCCCGAGCAUAAUGUUGAUUAUGCGUAUAUGGCCAGCAAACUGUGGGCUGGGCCAGAGACUCAAACAGGAGGCAACGUGGAAACAAAACAUUAUAAAUGUAGAGACUGUGCAUUUGAGGCUUGCACUAUAUGGGACAUCACCAGUCACUAUCAGGCCAUCCAUCCGUGGGUUAUCAAGGGAGACCAGUCUGUGCUGUUGGAUAUAAUCCAAGGAACAGAAUCAGUGGAGAAAGCUCACCUGUCUCUCCCCAGAGAUGAGCCCUCUUUCGACUGUCAGCCUAUUGAGGAUGACUGUCCUCUGGUGAUCGCCACACCUCCUCGAGAAAGUAACCCACAUCCAGCACACCCACGCCUUUCCAUCUCCACCAACUCAUACCAGUGCACUGUCUGUCUGUCUGAGUACAACAGUCUCCAUGGCCUCCUCACUCACUAUGGGAAGAAACACCCUGGCAUGAAAGUGAAAGCUGCAGAUUUUGCACAAGAAGCUGAUAUUAACCCUAGUUCUGUGUAUAAAUGCAGGCACUGUCCAUAUGUAAACUCUCGUAUCCACGGUGUGCUCACCCACUAUCAAAAAAGACACCCACUGGUUAAAGUCACUGCAGAGGACUUUGCUGAUGAUAUUGAACAAAUUACAGAUUUAAUGGAAGGGGACGAUAAGUGUAAAACUCAAAGACAAGGCUUUGGGGCUUACAGGUGCAAGAUGUGUUCUUACACACAUGGAACUCUAGAAAAACUUAAAAUUCACUAUGAGAAAUGCCAUAACCAGUCUGUUACUGACAUCUUCUCUCCCUCAUUAACAGCUUUCUCAAGCAAAGAUGCUGAACUAGUCGCUGAGUGUAGUGCCACUAAUUCAGCUGCUGCUUCUCUAGUUCAGGAAGCAGGUGAAGUAGGCUUUGGUGUUUCUCGACCCCCGGUAAACAAAACAGAGAAACAUGCUGUAUUUAAGUGUCAACUCUGCAAAUACUUUUGCUCUACCCGGAAAGGCAUCGCUAGGCACUACCGUAUCAAACACAACAAUGUCAGAGCCCAGCCGGAGGGGAAAAACAAUGUGUUCAAAUGCGCUCUGUGCUCAUACACUAACCCAAUACGCAAAGGCCUGGCAGCACACUACCAGAAACGUCAUGACAUUGAUGCUUACUACACUCACUGUUUAGCUGCUUCAAAGACCAUGACUGAAAAACCCAGUAAAGUUAUAGCACCUUCACCCUCAGAAGGCGACAACACAGAAAUGACUGAAGAAAUACGCUUGGCUGUAGAGCAACGCAAAUGCUCCCUUUGUGCUUUCCAGGCCUUUAGCAGAAAGAGCAUCGUUUCACACUACAUCAAACGCCACCCUGGUGUCUUCCCCAAAAAACAACAAACUAGCAAGCUCGGACGCUACUUUACUAUCAUUUAUGCCAAAGAUACUGAGCAAAAUGAGAACAGCGAACUGCAAGAGGAACAAAAACACGACACAGAAAUGCCUCUUGAUGACAAAGCGGACGAUGACGACGAGACGCUGCCCUUCAAGUGCUCCAAAUGCUUCCGGUUAUCGUUUAGCUGUGGUGAGAUGCUCUCUAUGCACUACAAUGAUCACCAUGGGAACGACUUGAAGAGAGACUUUGGAGUGACGCCUGGUCCCGGGGAGGAAGACGAGGUGUACAAGUGUUCUCACUGUGAGCUGAGUUUUUUGAGUCUGGAAACUCUUGCAAAACAUUUAGUAAGUCACAAUGAUGAUUUUCAAAAGAGAGCCAUGAGACAAGAGAGGAGGAGGCAGCUUGUGAACAGAGUGAAGACAACACCAAACCCAGACGUUAAGGAUGAGAAAGAAAUUCCAGAAAAUAACACUCCUGUCGGAUACAGGUGUAACUUUUGUACUGAGGUGCACACCACUCUCCGAGCCAUCUGCAACCAUCUACGGAAGCAUGUGCAGUAUGGAGAAGCCAAAGAAGGGCACGUCAAGCAGGAGGUGAGUGAAGUGCCCUUGACCAUGCCUCAGAACCUCACUAAUGGAGAUGUGGAAGAAGAAGAAUCCAUGGAUUCUAAUGGCAUCCAGUGUCCACUCGACAUGAGUCCGACAAUGAUUGAAACAAGUCCCGAGGAAGGGCUGGCCGAUCUAGAGGAAGUGCAGAGCGUGGGCGUUGGGGGCAGGUCGGCGGCGCUGGUGGCCGCCGCUCGGGCCGUGGUGUCUGGGGCACAGGUGAAGCAGCGACUAUCAUCAGGAGGUCACCCGUGUGCCCAGUGCGACAGGGUCUUCAUGUCCAUGCAGGGGCUUCGCUCACACGAGAGGAGCCACAUGGCCAUGGCUAUGUUCAGCAAAGAGGACAAGUACAGCUGCCAGUACUGCCAGUUUGCUUCACCGUUUAGACACAAUCUGGACAGACACGUGCAGUCUCACCAUGGGCACCACAAGCCCUUCAAGUGCAAGCUUUGUCCUUUUAAAUCCGCCUACAUGAACCGUUUGAAGAGCCACCUGCAGAAGGCACAUACAGGUGAGCAGCACAUGUACAAGUGCCUAUCGUGUCCAUUCUCCUCGACGACUAUCAGCCAGCUGAAGGAGCACUCACAAAGGGACCAUGGAGAGACGUUGACUCUUCCCAAACUCAGGGCCGCGACUCAGGCCGCCCACAUUAGCCUGAAGCCUCGGCUGGCCUCGACCUCAGAGCAGAGCCCACUACCUGCCACAGACGACCCUACGUACUUGGAGCCCGCCGAUGUUCGUCAGCAGCUCAGUCAGUACCAGCUGGCGUCCCGCAGUCAGUUGUCUUCCGGCUCAACACCUGGUGGUUCUUUAGUGAGUGACCAGCGUCCAGAAGGCAUCUACACAUGUGAAUACUGCGAGUUCAGCUCUGGCUACAUACAGAGCGUCCGCCGUCACUACCGGGACCGCCACGGUGGACAGAAGCUUUUCAAAUGCAAGGACUGCCACUUUUUCACCUGUAACAAAAACACCCUGGCCAAACACGCUGAGGCUGGCCAUAACAACUAUAACACUGUACUUGAAGAACCCCUUAAAGACCUGCGCUGCCCGCUCUGUCUCUACCACACCAAAAACAAAAGCAAUAUGAUUGACCACAUUGUCCUGCAUAGAGAAGAGCGUGUGGCGCCGUUGGAGGUGAGCAGGUCCAAGCUGUCGCGCCACCUUCAGGGCCUGGUGUUUCGCUGUCACAAAUGCACUUUCACAUGCUCCAGUGACCAAGCCCUGCAGAUGCACUUACAGAAGCACGAGGCCGAAAUCAAGCCGUACCAGUGCCAGCUCUGUUACUAUGACAGCAGCCGGAAGAGCCAACUGGAGGAGCAUCUCCGCCUGGAGCACAAAGUAAUUCGUAACUUUGAGCUGAUGGGCCGGGUGAUCCUGGACCAACUGGAGAUGAUCAAAGAACAAGGGAGCAGUGCAGAGGAGGAAGACGAGCCCGAGGUGAUGGAAACUGUGGAGGAUGGGAAAAAUGUCACUGAUGAUGAAGAUGAAAUCAUGGAGGACACUGAAGGAGAGGAUUUAAAAGAGACAGGCGGUGACGAGGGGAUGGAUCAUAAUACACAAGAGGAGGAGAGCGGGGAGGCUGAGGAGGAAGAACAGAAGGAACUGAAGGAGGAAAUUGCAGAAAAAGCCAUUGCUCAAGAAGUUCUCGCCUCUCCCACCAGUAGUAGCAGCGCUGGGUUGAGCAGUGAGGCGGGAAAACGUCUUCCUUGUGAGUUCUGCGGCCGCUGCUUCACCAACAGCUCUGAAUGGGAGCGGCAUGUCCAACGCCAUGGCAUGGUGGUUAACAGCAGUCCAACAGACACCAGCAGCAGCUCAGCAAUAGACGCUCCCUCUUCCAUGCCCUCGUCAGUGUUACCCGAGUCUGGAUUAGACCUGUCCAACAACAACAACAAAGAGGAAGAGGGCCUCAGUAAUGCACCACCACCAAGUCCAACCCCAUGUGUGGAGGACAAAGAAAUGCUCGACACCAAAAAUGAUCAGCAGAUUGGGUGAAGACGUGAUGGCCUCUUGGAUUCAUGUGUUAGUUCUAGUGUUAGGUAGGAGCUGAUGUUAAAAUAGGACGUUAAAGAAAACAAAAAUGACUUCUGUUGAGUUCGCACAUUAAUAGGUUUAGUGUUACACAUACUGUUGUGUUAGAUAGUGCUGAAUAAAAAGCAAUCUAGCCUUUGUUCCGUAGAGCAAACAUAUUGGUUAUGCAUCACAAAUCAACAGUGCAGAUGCCCUAUAAUAUUUUCAAAGGUGUCAGUUUGCAUUUUCUUAAAUGAUGCACCUUUUAUCUUUGCCCCAUUAACUAAAUCUAGGUGUAUGGUAAACCCUUAAAUAUGUGACAGCAUUUACACAUGUGGCCCUGUUCAAACAACCUUUGUUUUCACUCUCAUGUGUUACAUGUGUAGAUUUCCUGGUAGAGUUGCACCUUAACUAUUUCAGAAAAAUAAUUUUCAUUUGUAGAUUACUGUUGCCACCAUUUUUGUAGCAAAUUGCUAUAUGAUAAAACCUUAACAUUAUACUACGUAUAAGUACGCCUUCACCCUGUGGCACCCUUUAAACCUUACAAUAUUAUAUUAUUGUGCUAGUUUCUUACCCGUUUAAAUGGCCUCUGUUAACAGUUUUCAGUAGAGCGGCACAUAUGCAGCUGAACGGCACUAUAGCAUAAAAUCUUCAGAGCACAAUUUCUGAAGAUGGUUUCAUUGAACUGGAGAGAAUUGCGUAGCACUGUCUAACCUGCAACUGUGAGACUUAUUGAAAAUAAAAUGAUCUGGCCCCAACUGUAAUGGCUCACUGCUGAAUCAGAGCAGAAGUGCCUUGAGCUUAACGUGGUGCAGAAAAAUAUGGAAAUUUAAGUUAAAUGUAGCUUUAAAACAAUUUGUGAAAUUAUUCCCAACAAGACAAUCUAGAAGUGAUUCUGGUUUCAUUUUGGCUGUUGAUGAGUGGGAGCUUAUAGAUUGUCAAUUAAAGAGCAUUGAAUUCUGAGCAUCUUGUGCCCAUAAUACAUUUUAGGAAACACUGUUUUGUGCCACAAGAAAUCCUGCAGUUUCAAAUGUCAUUAUGUUUUUUUUGUUUUGUUCCAGAACAAAUAUUACCUGAAUUCAUAUGAAGAUGUUGUCAUAAAUAAUAUUGACAAAAAGGCAAAGAUUGUAUUUAAGGAUGUUGCUGCUCGAAUGCCCUGAAGCCUUAUAGAAGAUCAGCCCAUUUACAAAUUGUUGGUUUGAAUUGGAUGUGCGACUUAUAAGUUCAGAGAUGUCAUUUUCUUUUUUUUUCUCUAAAAUUCUAAUUAUCAAACCUGCUAACGUAGAAUAGAGGAUAGAAUAAGAGGGCUCUGAGUAAACCCAAGUCACUGUUGCUGUCCGUCACAAACCUCAGAGUCAAGUGUUCGGUUUGUGCUUUUACAGGACGGUUGAACUCUUAUUACAUAGAAUAAAAAAGAUGGAAAAGCUUUGGACCUUUAUGAAGCAUCAUGCUGUUCUUCAAUCACUGGUUAAAUGCCCCUUUUGUACUUUAAACAAUAAGAUCAGAUAACAGCGAUGUACAAUAUUUAUAGAUGCAAUGUUGUUUUUUUAGACCAAUUAAAAUAAUAGCAUUUUACAUCUAAAUGACAUAAUUCAUGAGAUUUCACUUUCUCAUGACAAGAAUGUGUUACCUUACUAUUGUGUCUCCAAAGGUUGUUUGCUCCUUUCACUGGCUGUCAUUAACAGGUAGUUCUGUAGCAUCUCCUUGUACUCCUGAGACUAUACUACCUGUCACACAGGUAGAGCGCUGAAUCAUAUACAGUUCUUUUGUUAUACAUUUCUGGACCAGCUUGUAGCUUUUCAAAGUAACCAUGUUGUAUAAAUGAGCUUGGUGAAGAAGCUUGUCACUUAGUCUGAUCCAGGACAUUUAUUUAAACCAUUCUGGUGAAAUGCUGCCAGACCAAAUGGUGAUUGCGUGAUCGUUACAAUAGAAGAAUGACUCUUAAUCCCCAAAGUGAAGCCUCUUCUGAUGACACACUGGAUAUUUGUACAUAAAGUUUUGUUUGUUCAUGAUGCAUUUCUCUUUGCAGACUGUUGUCUCCCUAGUUUGACAUUAGAAUUGCUCCUUCUUGCCUUUAUUCCCAUAUCAAUCUGAUUACCUGAUGGUGGGUUGUGAUGUUGCCUAGAAUGAUUGUUUACAACUUUAUUCCAUUUAUCUCUGGAUAUUCUGUAAAUAUUGUAAUUCAUUGUCUUUUUUAACUUGAUAAUAAAGUUAUCAAAUAACAAA